AUGGAGAAGCACAUUUUCUUACUGAUUCUUCUACUUGUAAUUCAAUAUUACUCUGUUGCUUCCUCAAAUGAGACUGACCAACAAGCUCUACUAGCUUUCAAAAAUCUUAUUACAAGUACUAAUCAUUUUUUGGCCAAUAAUUGGACCAAAAAUACUUCUUUUUGCUCUUGGUUUGGUGUCACUUGUAGUUCAAAAAGGCAAAGGGUUGUGGCCUUGGCUCUUCCUAAUUUGCAAAUUCAAGGCACAAUUUCCCCGUCUUUGGCCAAUCUGUCCUUCCUCAGUGUUCUCAAUCUCGAGAACAACAGCUUCCGCGGUGGCAUCCCUUAUGGACUUGGCCACUUGCCUCGCUUGCGGGUGAUUGAUAUUCAAAACAAUCAGCUCAACGAAAGUAUACCAACAAGUCUAUUUCAAAACCGGAGAGUUCAAGUAAUUUCAUUGGCUUUCAAUGAACUCAGUGGUGAAAUGUGGAGAGGGCCAUGGUAUGUACCCGAACUCAGAGUCUUAAAUCUCAGGAACAAUAGUCUUGUCGGUAUAAUCCCUCCUUCUGUUGGAAAUGCCACAAAAAUGAUGAACUUCAGUUUGUCUGGGAAUAGAUUCAGCGGCAACAUUCCUAAGGAGGUCGGUAAUCUGAGCCAACUUGCAGACAUGUCCUUGACUGAUAAUCAGUUAACAGGUUCCAUUCCCGUAGAACUGUGUAAUAUCUCGUCACUACUGUACAUACAUCUGCGACACAAUAGCCUUUCUGGCCCUCUCUUGCUUGAUCAAGGGAAUAUUGUAUCAAAUCUGGAGCAUUUAAUUAUAUCUUUCAACCAAAUUUCUGGUUGCAUUCAUUCCAACAUAUGCCAACUCACAGAGCUCAAAGUAUUGUCCAUAGUUUACAACAACAUAACUGGAGAAAUACCCAGAAAUAUUGAUUGUUUAUCCAAACUCGAGAUGUUUCUUAUUGGUGGUAAUCCAAUUAAAGGGACUAUCCCCACUUCAUUGGGAAAUAUUUCCACUCUGCAAUAUCUUUAUUGUGGAGAAAAUCACAUAGUAGGGAAAAUUCCUCAAGAAUUAGGGAAGCUAUCAAAGUUGAGGGUAUUAUUCAUUGAGGACAAUUCUAAUCUUAUUGGUCAAAUUCCAGAGGCUAUUUUCAACAUAUCUUCUUUGGAAGUGAUUGCUUUCAGUUUCAAUAACCUCUUGGGGAGAAUUCCAACCACUACAGGUCUUCAUCUUCCGAACCUUAAAGAACUUUACUUGGGAGACAAUCAGCUUGAAGGGGAAAUUCCAUUGUUCAUAACAAAUGCUUCCAAGCUUGAGAAACUGGAGCUAAAUGAUAACUUUCUGUCAGGAACUAUUCCUACUAAUUUGGGAAAUCUUCAUGAGCUGCGAUAUCUCUUCCUACAUCAUAAUCAACUAACCAAUGAACCAAGAGAGCGUGAGUUGUUAUUCUUCAAUUCAUUGGCGGACUGUAAGAUGUUGAAAUAUCUACAAGUGGGUUUCAAUCUGUUGAAUGGCGUUCUGCCAAAUUCUAUUGGGAAUCUUUCAUCUACUAUUCAAAACUUUCAUAUAGGACAUGCACACAUCAACGGCCUCAUCCCCACAGAAGGAGAAGUUCCAUCAGAUAUUGGAGAAUUGAAAGCCAUUGUAGGACUAUAUCUUUGCAGUAACCACUGUUCAGGCGUGAUACCAACCAGAUUCGGGGAACUCCAAAACCUGCAGUAUCUUGACCUAUCCAACAAUUCAUUUUUUGGCCAAAUUCCAUUAUCCUUUGCCAACUUGAUGAGCUUGGAAUUCUUGAAUUUGUCUUCAAAUGCAUUGUCAGGUACUAUUCCCAAGUCUUUGGAAAAACUCUCAUACCUUAAAAACAUUAAUGUUUCAUUUAAUGAUUUAGAAGGUGAAAUACCGAGUGGUGACGUGUUUGCAAAUUCCACUCUGCAAUCAUUUCUCGGGAACAAAGGUCUAUGUGGAAUGCACAUAUUGGAGAUUCCUGCUUGCGCUAUCAAUAAUCCUGGAAAACAAUCAAAGCUUAAGGAGGUUGUGCUAAAAAUUGCUACUCCAGUGGUUAUUUCAUCCUUGAUGAUAUUCUUGUUGGUUUCAAUUUGGAUAAUGAAACGACAGAAGAAAGGAAAGUCCAAAGAUGUUGAAAAGGUACCGGAGAUCAGGACUCAUCAAUUAGUUUCUUAUCACGAGAUUCAACUAGCAACAAAUAAUUUUGAUGAAUCAAAUUUAAUUGGUGUGGGAGGUUCUGGCUCUGUGUACAAAGGCACAUUAUCUGGUGGAACUUUGGUGGCCAUUAAGGUUCUGGAUUUGCAAAGUGAGGAAGUAUGCAAAAGGUUUGAUACCGAAUGCGAAGUGAUGAGAAAUAUCAGGCACAGAAAUCUUGUUCCGGUGAUUACUACUUGUUCUAGUGACUACAUAAGAGCCUUUGUUCUGCAAUAUAUGCCCAACAGUAGUCUUGAUAAUUUGUUGUACAGAGAAGAUCAUCACUUGAACCUUCUUCAAAGAGUCACCAUAAUGCUUGAUGUGGCUAUGGCAAUUGAAUAUCUGCAUCAUGGUAAUGAUAGUCCGAUAGUUCAUUGCGACCUAAAGCCAGCCAACGUUCUUUUGGAUGAAGAUAUGGUGGCUCAUGUUGGUGAUUUUGGCAUCUCUAAAAUUUUAGCUACAAGCAAGUUCAUGGCACAUACCGAGACAUUAGGCACUCUUGGAUAUAUUGCACCAGAAUAUGGCUUGGAAGGAAUAGUGUCCAUUAGUGGUGAUGUUUACAGCUAUGGCAUCAUGAUGAUGGAGGUAUUGACAAAAAGACGACCAACUGAAGACGAGAUAUUCAAUGAAAUUCUUGGCUUGAGGCAGUGGAUUAGACGAGCAUUUCCUGGGGCAAUUAUGGAAGUCGUGGAUGUAACUCUUUUUCAUGAGGACGAACAUGUCAAUUUCAAAAGUGAAAUAUGCAUAGCCUCCAUGAUGGAAUUGGCUUUGAAUUGCACGAAGGAAAUGCCAGAGUCAAGGAUAACUAUGAGAGACAUAGUCAAGAGGCUUAACAAAAUCAAGAACACAUUUUUGGGAACAUAGAAAUUAGCACCUCUUAAAGUGGUGUUCUCUUUUAGUAGCAAGUUACUAUGUUG